CUGGUGGGAGGCAAAAAAGUACGAGCUUGUGACUGAGCCGUCGGAGCUAGCCAGCUUUAACCUUAACACACAUCCACCGUGCACGCCAUGAUUUGAGGCUGCACAAGGAAAAGGCUGGCUGAUAGGAAGAGAGAGAGAGACUAAGCGAGUGGAGCUGAAGUGGGAGCUGCCUCAGAUUGUCCGAAGGGGCAGCAUUUCUCCAUCUAGUUCCGGUUGCUCUGUCUGCGUUGCAUGCCAUUUGGAACUGCAACAAUAGGUUGCCACCAUCUAGGGAGGGGAAAUUAUUUUUGUUUUUCAAACAGGUUGACUCUUUUUAAUGCUAGAUAAACAUGAGCUCUUAUUUUGUUAACCCUCUUUUUUCCAAGUACAAAGGCGGUGAAACAUUAGAGCCAACUUACUACGACUGCAGGUUUCCACAGAGCGUUGCCCGAAGCCACACGCUUGUAUACGGACAUGGAGCAGCUGCGCCGGGUUUUCAGCACCCGUCGCAUCACGUACAGGACUUUUUCCAUCACGGAACCACAGGUAUCUCCAACCCCGGCUAUCAACAGAACCCUUGUGCAUUGGCAUGUCACGGAGACGCAACGAAAUUUUAUGGAUAUGAAGCUCUACCGAGGCAAUCGCUUUAUGGUACCCAGCAAGAGGCCAGCUUAGCGCAAUACCCAGACUGUAAAUCGUCCAGUAGUACUAACCCUGGAGAAGGACAAGGCCACUUAAGUCAGAACUCCUCUCCGAGCCUCAUGUUCCCAUGGAUGCGGCCUCACGCUCCUGGGAGACGCAAUGGAAGGCAGACAUACAGCCGUUACCAGACUCUUGAGCUGGAGAAAGAGUUCCUCUUCAACCCAUACCUCACACGCAAGCGCCGUAUUGAAGUGUCCCACGCGCUGAGCUUAACUGAGCGGCAGGUGAAGAUCUGGUUUCAGAAUCGCCGAAUGAAGUGGAAAAAGGAAAAUAACAAAGACAAAUUUCCGGGCCAGAGAGGAGAGGCUGAGGCUGAGGCAGAGGCAGAGGCCGAAGAAGAGGGCAACGAGGACGGCGAGGUGGAGGAAGGAGAAGACAAGGAAACGGAAGAGAAAGAGGAAAGCAAGGAGUGAUUUUAUGGUCUUUUUUAUGGUUAUAUGGCAGAUAUUGAAGAGGUCUCGCGAAUGGGCAAUGAAAGAGAAGACGCGCCAAUUUUAUUACAAACAGUUGGGUCAAAAAGUGAGAAAAUCCCCCUCUAUACAAAAGUACCCUAAAACCUGCCCAAAGGGGAAAAACGUUUUUUUACCAACACACGAGGACUUUUAUCAUUAGCGAAAAGUGGAUCUGUGUAUUUGACAAAUUACUCAAAGAGACAGACUAACCGCAAAACAAUAACCCAUCGUUUUACUUAGCGAAAUGUAAGCAGCAUGAGAAGCAUUUAACUGAAUUAAACAUUUAUUUGAUACUUGAUGAGGAUGUUUCGGGGUAAAAUUGACUCAGAUGCAACCAAUUGAAAUACUGAAAUAAUUGCAUCCGCUUGUCACGAUUGGUCUUGUAUAUAAAAUCAGACCACAACAUGCUGAAAUUACGAAUCAAAUUGACAGAAGAAUAUAUUAUGUGUUCAGUUUAACACGUUAAAUACUUUCUGCAAUCCGAAUAUGGCAAUAUUGAAUUAGCCUAGUGCCAUGGGUAUGGAGAAAGGGGAUGGCAAGUGUAGAAAAUGCAUUCUGUAUUACAUACUUUAUCGAUUACUUAACUGUUCUUUAUUGUUAUUCUAUGUGAGUGGGCGAGGUUACAGUUGGUAUUUUUUCGAUUAUUUUAUCGGACUCACUAGAGAUUGCAAUCGUUUGAAAAUCUCGAAAGAAGCUACCUAAUCAUGGGAAAUUUGCAAUAUACAUUUCUACCUAGAGAUUUCAUAGACUCUUGUUUUGUAGUAUAUUAAACAUAAGUUAUGUAGUUUACCCUUUAAACACUUACUAUGAUUAUAAAGCUCUUCGAAGUCUGCGGAAGACAUGAAUAGCUCGAAGCCAAUCUUAACUAUUUUAAAAGAUUGUACGGCACUACCUAAAAACAAAGUUUUGCUAAAAGAAUGAAUUAUUAAUUUAUUCUACGUGCUGCUUUGUUGAAAAUAUUUAGACAUUUCCCCCAACAACUUAAACUGCCUAUAGGAAAUGCACAUUUAUGUGUAGAUGAAUAAACACGCUAAUUACUACCCUACCUUAUCUAAGGAAAGAGAGUCAUUUAUCGUGCUGGUGUUAUAGCGUAGAUUUUGAAUUGCACUGAGUAUAACCUUCAUGUACGUCUUGUAAUAUCUUGCUGUUAUCAAUAUGCUCGUUUUACUUGUGUUCCUCGUGUGAAUAUAGACAAAUUCGUGUGUGUCCACGCCAUUGUUGUUGAAAUCAACAGAAGAAUAAACAAGAUGGCUCAUUCUCUAAGGUCUCUCUCUCUCUCUCUUUUUUUAUGUUGUUGCUCUAAUCCACUUGUUGACGAGACACUGAAGUUACAAAAUACCCCAAAACUGAUUUUUUCUUCUCGUUUAAAUUAAUGUUAAAUAGCCUACUACAAAUGCAGGACUCAAAAUCUUGUUGUAGUAGCUCUAUAUUCCAUGUCUGUGUAGUGUCUGAAAUGGCAAAUGCAGCCAAUAAUUAAAAAUUAUCAUGUUUUUCUAACUAAAAA